CACACACACACACACACACACACACACACACACACACGUAACACUUACAGCGGAAGUGUUUUUUCAGUUCUGUCUUCCCUCCCAUAGCAGCACAAUUGCACCUUACAGUUAAACAGUACAUCAGAAGGUGAUGUCUGUCUGUUCGGACCAGAGAGAAGACGGAGAGAGCACCUCCGGCUCCUCUGAGGCUAAAACAGACCGUUACGGAUUCCUCCUCGUUAACGGAGACACGAAUAACGACAGUGAUGACCCCUCUCCCGAGUUGGUGAGACAUCGAGAAAUGAAAUGGAUCACCCUAAUGAACCAGUGGGAUCAGGUGCUAGAGAAGAAGCACAGUAAGAUCAAAGCACAGUGUCAGAAGGGCAUCCCAGCGUCUGUCAGGUCCCGGUGCUGGCCUUUGCUGUGUGGAGCGAAACAGAGGAAAGAUAAUAACAAAGAUCUCUACCAAACUUUGGAGACGUCCCCGGGUCAGCAAAGCUGGAUCGAUGUCAUCAAGAGAGACACGGACAGGCAGUUUCCCUUCCACGAAAUGUUUCAAUCCAAAGACAGUCCCGGUCAGCAGGGCUUGUUGCAGGUUCUGAAGGCGUACACACAGUUUCGGCCCGACGAGGGGUACUGCCAGGCGCAGGGUCCCGUGGCAGCAGUGCUCCUGAUGAACAUGCCCAUGGAGGAAGCAUUUUGGUGUCUGGUACAAAUCAGCGAACUCUACCUCCCUGGUUACUACAGCCCCCUGCUGGAAGGAGUUUUGUUCGAUGCUGCAGUUCUUUUUAGCGUGUUAAAAAGAACGUGUCCGGCUGCAUACAAACACAUGCAGAGACAAGGGGUGGAGCCUCUUAUGUUUGCCACCGACUGGCUGAUGUGCCUAUAUAGCCGGCACCUUCCCUUCAACACUUUACUCCGUGUCUGGGAUCUCUUCUUCUGCAAUGGUGUACGAGUGCUGUUUCAGGUGGCCGUGGUUUUAGUGCGACGCUGCUUGGGGGAUGCUCGACAUCGGAAAGAGUGUGAGGGCCAGAUGGAGACACUGGAGAGGCUGCGGUCAGUUAAAGGGCAUGUCCAACAUGAUCAAGCUGACGCUUUUAUUCAAGAGGUAUGUUCGGUUCCCCUGUCGGUGGCGGAGCUCCAGCGGCAGACUGAAAAGGAGUUACAGAAAUGGAGAAAAGAGCGCCCUGGCUCGACCUUCGACCCUCGAGAUCGUUGCCACGGAUACCAUAUGAUUUGGGAGAAAGGGAAGGAAAGAGAGAAGGAGAACGAAAAGAAGGGAAAACAGGGUGGAACCCUGAGUGUUUCCCUGAUGCGUUCGCAAUCGUCUCUCUCUCCGGCAAUCCUUCGUAAAAAAUGGAGGAAGAGAGGGAGUAAAGCAGAGACUGAGGAGUGGGAGGGUAGAGGGUUCUCAAAGCAAGACAGUGACGACGAAGAGAAAAGGAGGGCGAGCGUGUGCGGUGUAGCCGGGGAGCUACGGUCCAAGACACACAGGACAUCGCAGGAUUUAGGGACAGAGUUAAGGAAAGACGAUAACACGAGCACAAACACCCGGCGGAUAUCGGGUACGGAAACGCAGCCGUGUCCGGAAUCAUCGGAACUCAACGAAACCGUGUUUGAGGAGGAUGAGAACGAUGUUGCUGUCACCCCCAUCCCAUCACACACGGACAAUGGUGAAUGUGAAGAGGAAACGAGACCGCCUUCCAGCCUGAAAGAAGAUGAUUUACAAACAGGUCGCAGUUUACAGGAUGAUGAGGAAAAGAAAGUUCAGACUCACGAAGAUGACCAGAGUGAAGAAAUUCCAACACAUCAAGACCAGCCAGAGGCUGAAACACAACAAGAGGAGUCACAACCAUCAGAAAUACAGGACGAGGACAAUGCAAGAACCAAACCUGAAGAGGAAACACAAGAAGACGAAAGCAAUCAGGAGGAGGGCAUUGAAAAUAAGACAUUUAAACCUGAAGAGGAGGCACAACGCAACCUCAAAGUACAAACAGAGGAAGUGAAUAUCACUCAACAGGAAGUGGAAGUCGAGGUAAAUACUGACACGCAGAAAAAGGAAAUACAUAUCUGUUUAUGUGAACAGGAGCAGGAAAAUGAAAUGAAUAGUAAAGAUGGAGAGGAAAUACAGAUAGAUAGUAGUAAACAAGAAGAGGAAACAGGGGAGAAUAGUCAAAAACAACAAGAAGAAAUCCAUCUGGGUAGUGCUGAAGUGGAAGCAGUAGAUAACAACAUUAAACAGGAAAAGGAAAUACAAACAAACAGCAGUGAGCAAGAAGUGGAGAUACAGGAAGAAAGGGAAACAAAGGCAAACAGCAGUGAAGAGGAAGUGGAUCUACAGGAAGGAAAUGAGAUUAAGGCAAAGAUAUGUGAAGAGGAAGUGGAAAAAGAAGAUGAAAAUGAAGUGAAGGAAAAUAUAAGUGAACAGGAAGUGGAAACACAAGAGGAAAAUGAAAUGAAGGAAAAUAUAAGUGAACAGGAAGUGGAAACACACGAAGAAAAUGAAAUGAAGGAAAAUAUAAGUGAACAGGAAGUGGAAACACACGAAGAAAAUGAAAUGAAGGAAAAUAUAAGUGAACAGGAAGUGGAAACACAAGAGGAAAAUGAAAUGAAGGAAAAUAUAAGUGAACAGGAAGUGGAAACACAAGAAGAAAAUGAAAUGAAGGAAAAUAUAAGUGAACAGGAAGUGGAAACACACGAAGAAAAUGAAAUAAAGGAAGGUAUAAGUGAAGUAAAUAUAAAGGAAGUGGAAAUAAAAGAAGGAACGGAAAUAAAGGCAAACAGCGGUGAACAGGAAGUGGAAAUCCAGAAUGAAGAAAAACUAGCAAAUAUUGAUAGUGAAGAAGAAAAGCUUAAAUCAUGUCAUAUAGAUGUAGAUGAGCAACAGGAACAGGAAAUGCAUUCAGAUGUACAAACGCCGGAAGAUCAGCAGGAUGUAGAGAAAGACGUACCCUGUGUUCAAGGGGAAGAUAACGCGAAAGGUGAAAUCUGCAACAGAAUCAAUACAGAUAUGGACAUGACACAGGAAGAGCAAGAAAGCGAGAGAGAGCGUUCAGAAGAGAAUGAACAGGAGGCAGGAAUUAGUAAUUCACCAGGUGAGGAAACAGAGGGAAGUGUCCUGGAUGAAGAAAAGAGAAACAGCAAUCAUGUCUUAGGCGAUGAAGAAGAAUCAGAAACAGUAGUAUCUUCACCUUGCAGUCAACCUGAGAUAGAGAUGGGACAUGGAACAGAAUCUGAGCCAGCACAGGACUCCAAUAAGCAAGAAAACAUGGAAGGGAACAAAACAUCCACACCUGAGCAUGGAGAACCAGAUAGAACCAGUGGCAAUCCAGAGGCUCCACAACCAGACAACAAGGAGGAGGAAGUGGAAAUCGAGAAACAAAUUACAACAGAGUCAAAUCCGGUAGCAACACAUGCUCCCUCUGGAUCAAAUCCAAACCCUCAACUCCGCCUUCGCAGGUCCUCCAGCUCCCACACCACAUAUCCCACAAUCCUCUCUGAGGACACAUUCAAGGAACCGCAACAAAGCAUUAAACAUGAGCCUCAAACCACAAAAGCAGAAGAGCAUCAAACCACCACACAGCCAACACAAACACAAAGCUCCACACCGGAGGAACCAGAAACGCAAGCUCUCCCGACGACGCAAUCCAAGUCGGACAAACCCAAACGCAGGGGUCUGUUUCACCGUCUCCGGGCUGAGGCGCCUUCCAAAUCCACCAUCCCCAAAAUCGUCAUCCAGGACUUCAGUGAAGGGGAGGAGAAGCUGAGCUCUAAAGAGAGGAGGCGGCGGAGGAGGAUGCAGGAGAGGAAAGAAAAGGAAGAAGAGAAGGAGAGGAAGAAGCUUGAGAAAGAGCUGGAGAAGGAAAAGGAAAGGGUGAGGAAGAAGCCUCAGACGAGAGGGAGGAGUUUUCAGGUGCUCAAUAAAAAGCAUGACGAUGGCGAUGAUGCCUUCUCUGGAAAAAGUGACUCUCAGACGAUAGGACGUAAAAGGAACUCUUACUCUGAGAGCUAUUUCUGACUGAAGAACACACUGACAUUUCUCACCAUUUCUUGACUAAAUGGGUAGUAGGAUCGUUCAUUUUGCAUCAGACUGAAACAUUACCGAGCAAGAAGAACAAUAUGUGCUUUUUGACGGAAAAGUGAAUCAUAGCAUGAUAGAAUAAUAAUAAUGAUAAUAAUAAUAAUAAUAAAAAUAAUAAUGAGGAUGAUGAUGUAAUCGGUGCACACUGAUUCCUAAAAAAAUGCUUGUAAAACUCACUCCUCUUUUCAAAGCAGCUCUUAAUGUCUGUAUAUAAGUACAUUUCAUAAUUAAAGCAAAAUUUGCUAA